ACUUUAAACGCUUUUGACAUGUCACGUGGUCGGGCUGCAGGUUACCCGGAUGAGACGCCUUGAAUUUGAUCGAAGUGGAUGGUCGGUUGCUGCAGAGGAGCAUGGAUUUCAUGACAGACCGAGAUGUGCAAAAGUACAAGGAGGACGGGUUUGUCGUUCUGGAUGGGCUGCUCUCCUCUCAGGAGUGCGAUGAACUGAGGCAAAGGAUGAACGAGAUCGUGGACCAGAUGGACGUCCCCGAACACUGCCGCACCACCUUCACCACUUACCACGACGAGCAGCUCAAAACACAGAUGCAGGGAAGUGCAGAUUACUUCAUCACAAGCGGAGACAAGAUCAGAUUUUUCUUUGAAAAGGGUGUUUUUGAUGACCAAGGGGAAUUCAAAGUACCUAAACACCUGUCACUUAAUAAAGUAGGACAUGCACUGCAUGCAUAUGAGCCCUUAUACAAAAAGGUUACGCAUUCGGCCAAAGUGCAGGGAAUUGCAAAGAAGCUGGGCCUUGUGAGUCCUGUAAUCCUGCAGAGCAUGUAUAUUUUUAAGCAACCAGGAAUUGGUGGAGAAGUGACGGCGCACCAGGAUGCUACGUUCCUGCAUACAGAGCCUCUUGGCAGAGUGAUGGGGCUGUGGAUCGCUCUGGAGGAUGCCACUGUGAACAACGGCUGCUUGUGGUUUAUCCCAGGAUCACACAGGAGUGGCAUCUCCCGCCGCAUGGUUCGCACCCCCAAAGGCUCCUUCCCACUGACGGAUUUCAUUGGAAGGGAGCAGGCAUAUCAGGAAGACACAUUUGUGGCUGCACCUGUUCAAAAAGGCGGCGUGGUUCUGAUCCACGGGGAGGUGGUGCAUCGAAGUGCUGAAAACAUUUCAGAAGAAUCCCGCCACGUCUACACCUUUCACGUUAUGGAGGCUCUGGACACCCGCUGGAGCCCUGACAACUGGUUGCAGCCCACAGAGGAACUUCCUUUUCCACCUCUUUACACUAAAUGAAGGAUGAGAAGUGGCAUUAAGGUUCCUUUGUUUUAUGAAAAUGAAGCAUUUUUGAAGUAAUUUUAUCUCAAACUUUUUAAAUUUUGAACAUUUUUGUUAAUUGUACUGCUCCAAUUUUACAAUUUUUUUUCGUAGUUCGAAACUUUUGAAAGAAAAUGUAAGAAAGAAAAAAAUAUAUGUAUACAUUUUUUGUCACAAAAGGACCAUGUAAAAGUAAUUGAAAUGCUUCCCUUUAUGGUUUUUAUAGAUAGAAAUACAUCAAAUGCAAAGAAUCUAGGUGUCAAUUUUUACUUUUGUCCAUGUUUUGUGGUUAAUACUGCAGGACGUUGGAGCAUAUUUUCUACAUUUGUCGAAAACUUCACUUAAAACUUUGUUCUUGAUUUUUGUCCAGCUUGAGAAGAUGACAAUAAACCCACAUCCUACAAAGUUGGUGAGAAAACCUUU